GCAGCAGCAGCAACACAUCAGCACCUCCUGUUUGCCCGCUGGUAUGUGCCGAUGCCGCAGUAGCGACUACCUACUACUGCUCUCUCCUCCGCCAUAGUAUAGAUUUUCAAUUAGUCCGCGCGCGGAACGUGGAAAAUAAUGUGCCGGUCCGACGACGACACCUGCUGACCCUACUCGAAGGUCGCUAGCCCGGCUGGCCCGGUGUCGUUUCUACCAUCUCCGGCCCUACUGUCCGAGAAAACCGGGCCUCGAACGAACGGACAGAGCUACGGACAGAGGGAUAAAGAGAGAUCGAUUUCCUCCUGUGCGGAGCUUCCCACUUGUGCUGAAGAGUGAUAACGCCAACAGCUUAGCCGCGAUAUGGCUGGUGGUCAGUGACGAGGCAGGAGUUACGGAUGAUCCCAUGGUCUGCAAGGGCUGCACCACUGCCGAGGAUGCGGUUUGAGAUGAACCAACGGGCACUGCUGUCCAGGCUGAUCGCGAUCUCCGCGUUUAUGCUUCAUUCAGGUAUCCUAGCCCUUCGCAUGACGGCCCUGCAGAUACCGCAGCACGUCGUUCUGAAUCAAACGGUUCGUAUGCAGUGCAACUUCAAUCUGGACAAUGAGGUAUUGUACUCGGUGAAAUGGUACAAAGACGGCCACGAGUUUUAUCGUUACGUGCCCAGGGACGUGCCCAGCGUUCAGACGUUCCGUGUGACCGGUGUAAACGUGAACACACAAAAUUCCACGGAAAGGGCGGUGGAGUUGAACAACGUGAAUCUGAUCAGCUCAGGCAGGUAUCGAUGCGAGGUGUCCGCCGAGGCUCCGGCCUUUCAGACCGUGUCUGAUCACGCGGACAUGACAGUAGUAGUUCUUCCCGACGAAGGGCCACGAAUAACCGGUGGUCGUUCUCGUUACAAAGUGGGAGAGGUCGUUCGCAUGAACUGCACCUCCGCGCCCUCGAAACCCGCUGCUCUAUUGGCUUGGUUUAUCAACGGUGACCCGGCCGACGCGCAGUACCUGAAAGGACCGCACAUUACAGCGGUGGACGAGAAGGGCCUGGAAACGGCGGUGCUAGGCUUGGAGUUCCGUGUCACCAAGCAACACUUCAAGCGAGGCAACAUGAAACUAAAGUGCUUGGCGACAAUAGCGACCGUUUAUCUGCAGAGCAACGAGGAGAGCGUGAAAGGGGGCGAGACGAUCCCGAAUGCCCCUGUAAUGGAGAGCCGCGAGAUCAACCCACAAAGCCACACUCGCAACGAUUUAAUGAAUGGAAGCGAACCUACAACGACACUCAGCUGGAUCAUCAUUGUUUUAAUCACAGGAGUCAUCCUAACGCGAUAAUAAUGACACAGUUUUAUUUCACGUUGCUUCCUUAAGAGUGUAAAAUGAGUACGCUAGGAGAACGUUCCCAUCGUAUCUAAUAAUAAUUUUUAAGUCGCGUAAUCGUAAUUAAAUAUCAUAUCGAUAAAAAUGAUAAGGAUGGCGUUUAAUCGGGCGUCCCUGACGCACAAACAGUGGCAGAUCCAUGAAAUUUGCUUCUCCUCUUCUUAUCACUUUAGCUUCAUCAUUGAAUUCAAACAAUGAGGAUAAAUAAUAAGAAUCUUAAGAUCUGUUUAACUUUUUGUUGAUCAUUUCUUCAACAGUGAUUGUAAACUUAACUCUGACCCAAAGAAUGGUGAUCAGUUCCAGAAUUUUAAUAAGAGAACCCUUGUGGAUCCGCCACUGAUAAACCAAAGUAUGUUUUAGGCUCUAAAUGUAUUCUUGCGCGAAGAAAAAGUCUCGUUUAAAACAUAUCCAUGGAACAAACAGAGAGAAAAUAUUGCAGAAAAGAAAAAAGGGAAAAGAAAAAGAAUCAUGGAAACCAAAGGAAGCAUCAAUCCGUCUCUCCACAUGUGUACAUCUAUACACAUACAUACAUGUAUACUUAUGUAUGUGUUAGGUCGUCCAGAUCUCUUUUUAGCAACAAAAAGUAAAAGAAAAACACAAGAAAGUUCUUGUUGCUUUCCGUUGAUACAUAUUAUUUUUACUACAAUUUUAUAAGGGUACUUCUAUUUUUACUGCAUAUCAUUUUUACACUUAAUAAGAAGGUCUUUGUGGAAAAAUUGUUUUUCCCCAUUGCAAGAACUUGCUGUUCUUUUAUACAAGUGCUGUGGAAAGCAAUCAUAAACAACUUUUGACAACUAAUUUCACAAAGCAGUGCUGGGUAAUCGCUAAGUUUUAAUUAAAUUGCUGUUUACAGCUAUACAAUCACAUAUAUACCCUAGUAUGAUUGUUUCCAGUCUUUAAAAUAAUUACAACACACUAACUUAUCAAUCAAAUUGUAAUAUAAUCAAUUCUAUCAUAAUUUUAUAUAACCAUACAUGUUUAAUUACAUGAAAAGUUAUAGGAUAUUUAAGUAGAUGUAUACCCAGCACUAGCUAACAAGGUGCAUCUCAUACAACGUAAUUUCAGCCACAGUGAUAUUCAGGAAUAUAUUUUUAUCUAGAUUUUUACAUUCAACGAUCGUACGACUUUAACGUGUUUCAAAUUUCCCCGCGCAAAAUGGUACUAUGCAAUUCGUUUGAAUUUAAGGAAUUGAGAAACGUACCACAUUCUGAAAGUGUUUAAAGAGAAAAAUAUUUCUAAGCGGGAAUUAAUAUGUAAGAGGAUCAUUGUGUCAAUGUUUUAACAAAUGUGUCUUCGCUUUCACGCGUUUAGUGCAUGUUUGUGUAUAAAUUUUUAUUCAUAUUUCAACCGAGGGCCCCAGGAGCAACGAUACGCUCCUGAGCGCGCAUAAAUCGCACAUUCGUUUCCUUUUUACAGAGUCUUCCUUACGAAAUUGCUGGACAACAAAAUUUCAAAAUAGAAUACAAAUCCUUUUUCUUUCUCGUAAAAAAUUUAGCAAAAAUUAUUUAAUUUUAUGAAAAAAUCAUUUAUGCAUUUAAUUCAUAUAGACAGUUGUCUUCCAGUAAAAAUAAGCAAUUUCACAAGGAAGGUUGUUAAUUAUACAUUGUUGAUAAUACUGUUAUUUAUUGCUGGAAUUCUAUUACUUACUCGUUUAAUUGUGCUGUUAUACAUUCUAUUGAUACUUUCGUCAUAAAAAAGCGCGCCAAAAUUCGAAUCGUAACUAGCUUGUUACGUACAUCAAUGCAAUUACGUACGAAAGAAAGGAAAAUGAAAGCAGAAUUGCACAUAAGACAUCGUAAUGUCUGGUACUUAAGCUAAAAUACGAAUGUGUUUCUUACAUGGUAGCGUAUCAAGAUCCCGGUACAUGUCGUAUCACAUAAGCAUUUACAAAGAUGUAAAUAUGUACAUAAUUUUCAUCGUUAUUAAAAUUCACUAUUAUAAUA